AUGGCUGGCUCUAAGAACAGCUCACGCUGGAUCUUCUACCUCCUCUACCUCUCGCUAUCCGCCAGUGGGAUCUACUACUUCCACUUCAGCCCAGCCAGUCAGAUCGGCGCCAGAUCCCUUAACGCCCUGACGUCUACAUCCGCACCCUUUGCCUAUCCGGAUCAUCCCAAUGUCAUCAUCCGCCGAGUAUAUACCGGCUUCUCCGUCCCCGAUAGCAUCCUGAGCUGCAUCGUCACAAUCUUCCUCGCCGGCCCAGCGGGCUUUUCUGAGCACAUCCGGAUCCAGCAAAUCAACUUCCUCCUCAAUCUAGGGCCUCUCGCUUUAGUCUUUUCCAUCGAAUCUAUACGUGCCAAGCGAUGGUCACUGGCUGUCCUGUAUCAGUCCCUCGGAGGCGCGAUCAUCGUACCCCUCUACUUUGUCGCUCAUACCUACAUCUUUAGCCAGUCUGACGCCACACGACCGAACCCCACAAGAUGGGCCAGCACAAUACUUCCCACAGUGGCUGUAGCCUACAUCCUCCCGACAGCGAUCCUGUUCUACCCUUUCGCCAACAUCGAGUAUACCAUGCUCGCGACGGCCGUCUGGCAAUUCAGUCCGGUUCUCAUCAAUCUGGUAUGGGUCCUCCUCACACGCCUGGCUCCCGCCCACACAGGAGAAUCUCGGUCUACUGGACAUAUUCUCCGCCAAGCUCACAAAGUCAUGGGCAGCCUAGCAUCCCUCUCACACCUCACCACUCUCUUCGCCUGCUUCUCCCCCUCAUACCCCGAUAUCACCCUCUCUUCCGUCUUUUGGUCCGGACAGACUCCCAAGGUGUCCUUCUCGGAAGCCAUGAACUUCAUCUUCCAAGUCGACUACCUCAUCGUCUUUGCAUGCUCUACACUAUGGUGCCUACAGAUCCGCGACCGAGCGAGGCGAGAGCGUAACAAAGCAGGCCGGGUCACCAUGGAUCUUUUAGUGCUAGGCGCGAGCGUCGUUUUCCUGGGUCCAGGCGCAACUGUCAGCUGGGCGGUGUGCGCUUGCGAGGCGGGUAUCGACGAAUCGCUUGAGAAGGGACUUCCAUUGUGGACGGAAAAGUUGAUGUCUGAUACUAGUACAGUGAAAUGA